AUGAUUCAAGAUGAUUUGACGACAGAAGAAACUGGUGUUAUUAGUGCUCGAGGACAAGAGAAGAAAAACUCUCUUAACAUCAAUAAAAGUCAACCAUUUCACGAAGAUGUCGAUUCUCAAGACCAAUAUCUUGAUCUUUUAGAUGAAUUAAAGGAUCACGAUACGGAUUCAGGUGUAUCAUCAUUAAGAUUAUCACGAGACAAAGUGGCUACAUCUUUAUCAGGAACACAUAUAACAACAGAUGAUGAAUUAGAAAAUGAAGAUCGACUUCCAACAAGUACUUCUCGACAUUCUGGAAACGAUAACGAACACCGUCGUGAUUCAGAUUCUUCAUCCAUUACUAAUUUUACGAUUAAUAAAACAACAAGUGAUUUCCAGUUGAGCUCGAUAGCAAAUAGUCGCGCAUCAAGUAUGAAUCUUCCGCCAUUAUCAUCACCAUCAAUGGGUGUUAAUAAAAAACAAUCAAUGGGUGCAUCAGCAAUUGAUAAUAAAACAAAAGAGAAAAAGGGUGUAAGCAAAUUCAUACGUAGAAUUUUUAAAUCAUCAUCCACCAUACCAAAGAAUCCGGUGAAUACAGGAUCAUCAUCGAAAACUCCAGAAUUAAAUAUUGAUCUUGUUCGUGGCACUGCAUAUCCACCUAUGAGUCCAUUACCAGUUACACAAGGUCCUAUUCGUUUAUUAGUAAUUCGGCAUGGUGAGCGAUUAGAUCGAUAUUAUUCCUCACAAUGGUUACGACAAGCGUUUGAUAAAGAUGGAAAUUUUUGUCGUUUCUCACCUAUUUUACCGGAAACAUUGCCAUUCCGUGCAUCUAUUCGAGAUUUUGAUCUUGAUCCACCACUUACAUACAAAGGUCUCAAAGACGCUUUUCAUACAGGAACUGUAUUAAAAGGUAAAAAUAUUCAUAUAAGCUAUUGUUAUUCAUCUCCAUCUUUACGUUGUGUUCAAACGGCGGCCAAAAUCCUUGAUGGUUUACAAUUAAAUAAUAAAAUGAAAAUUCGAAUUGAACCAGGUCUAUUCGAAUGUACUGGCUGGUAUACAGUAAAUGAAGCAAGCAAUGUUUUAACAAUGCCAAGAUUUAUGACUAAAAAAGAACUGUUAGAAAAUAAAUAUGUUAUUGAUAAACAAUAUCACGAACAUAUGAGUUUAGCUGAAGUAUCUCAAUAUGAAACUGAGCUAGAAUUCUAUCAACGAAGUCAUGCUGUUACAUCAAGUAUACUUAAGAUGCAUGAAAGUGAAUAUAUUUCACAAAUACAACAAGGACAAAUGUCACCACAACAACAAAUACAUAUUUUAUUUAUCGCACAUGCUCCAAGUUUAGAAACAUGUACACGUAAAUUGUGUGGUGGGAAAUUCCGUCCGGAAACAUUACCCCAUGUUAUUCGAAAUGUUGAUUUUCUUACAAUGACCGUUAUUGAAAAAACCGAUAAUAAUUGCGAUAAAUGGAUAUUUCGUCGAAGUUCAUUCUAUGGCGACGAAUUUUAA